AUGGAUCAAGAAGGCAGCAAUAUUUCACCAAUGAAAAAAAAUCCUCGUGGAAAAUUUGUUGGUUCUGGUCAAAAAUUGAUGAUUGUAAAUUUUUACAAAAACAAAAUGGCACUGCAAGCAACUGGAGAUCUGCCAAAAUUGACUGCGAAGGAAAUGAUAAAAAAUAUAUCGGAAGAAAGUGGUAUCGGACAACGGACCGUGAGCGUUACUUUGUCGGAAUAUCGCAACAAAAAGUCUGUAACAUCACCAAACAAGACCAAAAUCAGACCAAAAGUAACCGAUAAAGUAGACGAGUUCGACCAAAAUGCCAUCAGGCAAAAAGUUCAUCAAUUUUGGCACAACCAUCAAAUUCCGACGUUGAAUAAAAUAUCAACAGCAGUCAAUGAAGAUGAUAGUUUGCCAAGAUUUCAAAAAUGUCAUUGUACAGAGUUCUGA